AUGGGCGACGCCUUUCCAGCCUUUGCCUCCGCCUCUCACUGGCCGAUCUGGAAUCCUGCACCGAAAUGGCUUGCCUUUGCAGGUUGGGUGGCUGCAGGAUUGCUGGCAGCAUUGGCGCUGGCUGCGGCCCUCGUGCUCUUCGUGCGACGACGCCACCGGAGCUCGCAAGCUCGUGCCGCUCGAGCGCUGCUAGGAGGAGGCACUCCCGAGCAAACUCCGCCGCCCAGCUGUGCCACCAGCAUUUCAACGGACUUGUCCGGUCGCCCAGUAGAGCAACCAGCUUUAGUGUGGAGCCCAAAGGUUCCUUGUGUGGUCAGGGCAUUGUACCCGAUCUUCACGGCAAUUUGCUUCGCAUUCUACAUUUGGGCUGACUUGUCAGUUGCAGCACAAGUGAAUGCAAAUGUGCGAGUCAAUGGUGCGCCAAGUGGCAAGUGGGAGUGGUCAGGAAUUAUGGCCUCGUUGACCCUGGUUCCAGCUGCAAAAGAUGCAUGGGACAGUGGUGCUCGAGCAACAGCUAUUUUGUUGGGCUUCUUGAAUGGACUUUGGCCAUUUCUGCAGACCCUCGUGCUUUUGAUCGUCUGGUUCUUGCCGGGAUGGUGCCUUUCCCUUGCGGCCAGAGGUUGGUUCUUACGAUUGUUUGCAGCCUUUGGGAAAUCUGGUCUCUCUUUUCCAUGCCUCGUGGCCCUGUGGGCAGCUGUGUGCCAGCUACACUGGAGGGGCCAUCAGGUGUCCGCGGACUUCAGCAUGUCGUUCGAAAGAGGGCUCAUUGAGUUUCUGAUUGCGGCCAUUUUUACCAAUACGAUGGGGUACUUGGCAGAUCACUAUCACUUUGUGAGUGUGAAGGCCUCUUCAUCACCAUCCUGGAUGAGGAACGCUAAUUCGCCAAGGUACAGGUUUGCCCUGUCUUCCUUCUCAAAGACUCGGCAUUGGCCUACAGUGCUCUGUCCACUGGUUGCAGUUGCUACAGCGGCCUCUUCUUUUGUCACCGCGUUUUCUUUGUCAGUCACAGGGGCCUCCACACCGGUGGAGCAGGAUGAGCUGCGCCAAUUCAGUCUUUUUUCCUUUGGGAUGCAGCUUUCUGAGCUACAUCGAGAAACAAGCGUUUGGGAGAGGACUUUCCAGGUUGUCUUCUUGGCAACUUCGGUGGCAAUUCCACUGCUGCUUACAGGUGUGCUCCUGACGGUUUGGGUAUUGCCUCUCCAACCCAAGACCCAGAAUAGGCUACUGGAACUGGGGCAUGCCUUGGAUGCGUGGGUGGCACUGGAUGUCUUUGUCAUUGUAGUUGCUAUUUGCAGCUUGGACUUUGGGCGAAUGACCUCGUUUGCUGCCCACCAGGGCCCCAUGCGUGAAGCAUGCGAGCUGAUGAAGAGGGAGCUUUCGGAAACCAUAUGCGUGAGGGCAGACGUGAAGCUCGAGAAAGGUUUCGUGAUGCUGGCCGCUGCCGCUGCUGCUACACUUCUGGUGCCCAAGGUGGUACUUCGAGCUUGUCGCCAAGCAAUUAUGGACAGGGACCAGGCGAACGGCCGCUCCUGGGCCUCCUCCGCGUUGGUCGUUGGAGUUCUCGCUUGGUCCAUGGAUGCUUGGUCCGUGGAUGUCAACGAUGCCAAACCGGGACUUCCUUUGGAAGGCAUUACCAUGGUCUUCACCGGUGAGAUGGACCAGAUGUCCCGAGCCGACGCCGAGGAGAAAGCCAAGGCGGCCGGUGCCAAGGUCUUGUCCGCCGUCUCCGGAAAUGUGCAGUUCUUGGUCGUCGGCACCCGCUUGGACGAUGGCCGCUCCGUGGAGGAGACCGGGAAGUACCGGAAGAUGUUGGAAUUGAAGGAAAAAGGCAAGAAACAUCCCACGGUCAUGACCGAGGGAGAGUUCUUGGAGAGACUUCCAGAUGCUGCUGCAGCAGCAGUCCCCAGGUUGCCCAUUCCAAGCACAGUCACUGCUCCGGCUGGCCCCUCUUAUCAGAGCUGGGUCGACCGGUGGGCUCCAAAGAGCUUUGGAGAUCUCAUCGGCAACGCUGGUGUCAUCAAGAAGCUGACGGAAUGGCUGAGAGAUUGGGAUGACGUCGUUUUCAAGGGCAAAGUCAAAAAGGCAGCCUUCAAACCAGGUGGUGGAAUGCCUGAGAACAUCAAUGCUCGUGCGGUCUUGAUCAGUGGCCCGCCGGGCAUCGGCAAAACGACGGCCUGUCGCCUGGUGGCCCAGCUGCACGGCGGCUAUGAGGUUCUGGAGUACAAUGCAUCGGAUGCGCGUGGCCAGAAAAUCAUUCAGGAGAUGGCUCUUGGUAUAGCGGACAAUCGCACAUUAAGCUUUGAGGCCAACAAAGCUGCGAAGGUCCGUGCCGUUACCAGGAAGGCAGUCAUCAUCAUGGAUGAGGUGGACGGUAUGGGUGCCGGCGACAGAGGCGGCAUGGCUGCUCUCAACAGGAUGGUCAAGAAGACCCGGAACCCUGUGAUCUGCAUUUGCAACGACUCGCACAGCCAGAAGGUGCGGUCUUUGUCGUUUAACUGCUACGAUCUCAAGUUCACACGGCCGACUCGAACAACGGUGGCUCAGCGCUGUGCACAGAUCGCAGCCAGCGAGGGGCUUCAGGUACCGUCGAUCGCUUCUGGGCACAAGAAGGUUCCGCAGAGGCCGGAACAUGCCGAGCGCGGCUUGCUGGACUUUUGGUCUGUUAUAGGUCCAAUGACUGUGAUGUCUGGGCAGCACUAUAUCUCCCGUGUGACCUUUUUAUUCAGUAUCUAUGACAUGGAUGGGGAUGGCUGCCUCAACCUCUCUGAAAUUGUCAUCGCGGUGAGAACUGUCUUCCGAGGCCUGGCACAUUUUUGCCCAAAAGCUAGCGUGCCCGACGGACGACGCUUGGAACAGGUAGCCGAGGAGAUGUUCCAACGAUUCGACAAGAAUAGUUCAGGAUUUGUGACCAUCGAAGAGAUGGUCAACUAUGCCUAUCGAAGCGAGGGGCUGCUUCGCCUCUGCGAACCCUUCCCAGCUCAUGAGAAGCACAUCUUCGAGGAACCCGUCCGUUUCCACUCCAAGUCCUCCAAGGCAUCCACCAAAGCUGUUGGAAUGGAGCCCAAGCGUGGGAAGAUGCGUGACCCUCAUCAGAACCCUGCACGCACCUUUCAUGCGGGUACCACAAGGCAGAAUUAUGAGAAGCCGUGGCUUCAAGCAGCGUCUCAAGAUGGAUUGACCAAGGCUCAUGCUUGGGUUGCUUGGAUUUCCUUCCGCACGCUUGCCAGCAAGUCUCAUCCACAUCUUGUCGACGGCAGAGAUUUGGCAAACCUUAUUGGCAGAGGACGUCCCAGAGUCUUUCCCCUGAUCUAUGCCGCCGUCGAAGAAAGCAAGGGUGUGGACCGCUUCGAGCGAUCCGACGAAUUCUUCGCUUCCCGCAUCGUGAUGAGCGUCAGUCAGGCCUUGUUGGCAAAGGAUACACUGGAACGGCUGCAGAGGAGGAUGGCGACACCCGAGGUUGAAUCCGCGUCACCUCCAGGUCACCUUGAAUUGGUGCACUUUCUUGGUCUUCUCUGGCCCAAGGCCAGUGAAGGUGCCAUUCACUGCUGCCUGCGCUGGUGCCAAACCUUUCAUGCUCAUCAGGUGUUGAUUCAACUGCUGAAGGAGAAGAGAGCUUCCCUGCGCCAAAGCAGGUUGUACAGAGGUAGUGUGCUUUUACAAGCGGCGGAAGAGUCUCAAAGUGGAAGACGCCCUGUGAACUUAUUGGAUCACUUGGAUCAGGCCGACCUGAAGAUUCUUUUCGAUGCGCUGGACAUCGAUGGCAACGGAAAGCUGUCGGCGCGAGAACUGUGUCUCCAAGGUGGGCUAAGUGCGAAAGAGGCACAGAGGCUGCUUCGUAUUUGGGACCAGGACAUCGACGGAGAACUCACUCAGACGGAGCUUGCAGGAGUUGUGCAAGCGGUGGACUCGCACCUCAAACAACAAGUUAAGGGAAUGUUUGCAUCGCCACAUCCUCCUGCUGCAUCCGCAACCUCAACGAGGACGUCCUUCAGACGACGACGGCGAAGUACAGCUGGCCUUCCCCCAGCCACAGCUUCAAGAGGUCCUCCCCCUCCGCCCGCACUCUUGACGCGCCGGCGGGGCAAGCGAUGA